AUGACUAGCGGCAAGGAUCUAAUUAAUACCGAGUUGCUCUCUAAAUUAGUGGAAUUAAUAAAAGAAGAGAGCAAUAAUGUUAAAAGUGAAAUCAAACAAGAGAUCCCAGAAAUAAAACUAGAGAACGCGAAAAUAUUGAAACUUGUAAAACAGCAACACGAAAAGCUCGAAUUACUGGAAAAAUCAUACCAAUAA